CCGAUACACAUAAAUACCUCUCGUUGUUUCUGCCUUAUCCCUGCAUAUAACUGGAUGACGAGGAUAUAAUCGACCCGUCUCGCCUCGCUUCUCCUUUACUCAUUUCUUCGCUCGGUCACAUUCCUAUCGUCCGAAUUAUCUCACCAGGGGUUGGACACCACCCUUGAUCGAGACAUUGUCAGAUCCUUCGUGAUCUGACGAGGCCGAUAUAUUUUGUAUAGUGGCUACCAACAUCACCUUGUCAGCCCGAACAAACAUCACGAAAUAGAUCCUUCACCUCGCCCACCAUGCGGGAGGUAAACUUCAGCAUCCCCAAUGUCAAUAAGGCCUCUGUUAAUAUCACAACCACGCUGUACGACCGGCGUGCCCUCGACUGUACAUCCACGCUACCACUGAUAAAUUCCCUCAAUCAUUUGGCCUAUCUCACCACAUCAUCGGCCCGUAUCCGCGAUAUCCUGACCGUCGAUGGCGGCAUCGAACGGCUGGUAUGUAUUCUCAAGGAGGGGCGGAGUCGGGAUUUGAUGGAAAUGUGGAAGUGGAGCCUUGCCUUCCAAUGUGUUGUCAAUAUUGGUGUGCGGGGCUCGGAGAGUGUUCGGACGCGAGUAGUCGAAGCCGACAUGGUGCCGGUGAUUGCGACUAUUCUUGAUAACUAUAUCAAAGUAGUCGAGAAGGCCCGCGCGCGGGCGGAUACAGAACCCCAGCGACAUUCAUCUCGACACCACCCCAAGGGGGCUAUCACCAGCGACGCCCCAAGUCGUCCGGUCUAUGUGGAUCAAUCUACCAACACGGAACAGCGUCCCUCUCGCCGCCAGGCGCCGCCGCCUCACAUUGAAAUCCCUCCUUUCUACCAAGACAGCCAUGCCUCAGACACAAACGCCAUGGACGUUACCUCGUCUCCUCGGGUGCCUGUGACGUCCCCUCCGGAACGGAGCACUUUGUUUCCACCGGAGUCCUCCACCCAUAGACCUGAUCUCCGGUACACCCCUGUUGCAAUUGCCCGCCUCCGGGCGAUGCAGCAGACUCUGGGCACCGCCGUUGCUGCCAUGGAUGCUGCCGAUGGCUUUGGUCUGCGCCCAGUGCGCGACACCGAGCGACUCCCCAGCAUGCUUCCGGGUUUUCACAACGGCCUUGCAUCCCAGCCCGACUCUCCUACCACUCCUAGCGGACCUGCGCAGCUCCGCAGUAACACGCAAUCGACGCUCUCCCGGGCCCGGCCCACCCUGAGGCAACAGCAAUCGGCCUCUGGGGAGUCCGAUGAUGGGAACGGGGAGGGCUCGACGAUUGGCGACGACACGGUCUCUGGCGAGGUGGCCGAGCCUAUCGUUGGCAUUCAGAACCGGAUGGAGAUUGAUGACGUUGGCGACCGGCAAACGGUGCUGGAAGGCGUGUCCAACACGCACGACCUCACUGUCAAUGACACUUCGGAAGGUCAGGAAGCUGAGACAUUCAAUAUCACCCACCGGUCGACCGUGGAUGGUAGCAUGAUCACCAACGACACAGCGCGAACGGAUGGGGCCUUGGGGUUGUCGCCCACGCAGGCCCCCAACACUGCCACUUCGCCUGCUGUUGUCCCCAGCCCAUAUACUCUGUACGUGCGCGACCGAUCGACGACGGCCGCUCAAGGGGUCUUGACGACGAUGCCCCGGGAUGAAGAUGUUCUGAUGUCCCUCCAACUUCUGGCCUAUGUGUCGAAAUACUGCAACCUCCGAUCCUACUUCCAGCAUUCGCACCUCGUCCCGAAGCUCAAGGUUGACCGUGAACUCCAGAUGCUGGAGGAGGGCGUGUCCCCCAUUGAACCUCCGGAAGAGGAAGAUGAAUACUUGCUUCCCGAUGAUGUCAACAUCUUCCCGCUGGUGGAAAAGUUCACAGUGCGACACCACUCCAAGGACAUGCAAUACUGGGCGUGCGUGGUGAUGCGCAAUCUCUGCCGCAAGGACGAGUCGCGCGGGGGCAUCCGGCAGUGCGCAUACUACAAGUGUGGAAAAUGGGAGGAGUUCCAGCGGCAAUUUGCCAAGUGCCGGCGCUGCCGACGCACCAAGUACUGCAGCAAAGACUGCCAGAAGGCGGCGUGGGUGUAUCAUCGCCACUGGUGCCACACCACACCAUGAUAUGAACGCAUGAACUGUUUAAUACCUAAUGCAUACCGGCUUGCAUAGCGUCGUAUCUGUCUACCAUUUAUUCCGUUUGUUCCGAGGGUCACGUCUACCCGUGCAUGGCAUUUCAACCUGGCGGCGUUGCUUCAUCCAAGAUACCUCUUGUAUGUGAUUUGUUUUUACCACUCUGUUUGAUUACAGGCCGUUGAGCCUGAUCGUCAUCUUCUAGCGGUCAUGAAUGCGCACUAUUUCAUCUCUUUUUUCAUU